AUGAGCCUGCGAAAGACUCCCCCUAAGUCCCAGGAAAUGGAUGCUAAUGUGCAAGGGCUGACAGAUCCAAAAUUAUGCUACGUUCUCGAUGGGAUCCUCUUCAUCUAUGCUAUAGUCAUCACAGCUUUUUUUGUAAAAGAGAAGUUACGCAAAGGCUCUCCUGAACCUCCACAAACUCAGGGCCCUGGUGACGUAUACAACAAAUUGUCUCGUGGAUGCAGAGAUGAGUACGAUAUGCUAGGAGCUAAGAGAGACACUGAUGUUGAAGUGGGAGGGAGAAACCAGCACAGAAGAAAGAAUCCUCAGGAUAGAGUUUACUCUGCUCUACAGAGGGAUAAGAUGGGUGAUCCAUACAGUGAAAUUGGAAAGAAAGGGGAGAGGCGCCGAGGUAAAGGCAACGAUGCUGUUUACCAGGGACUCAGCUCAGCAACAAAGGAUACCUAUGAUGCCCUUCAAAUGCAGCCAAUGCCUUCUUACUAGCUACAGCAGGAUCCAACAAUACCGGGAAGCCAGGGCAGAGGACUGAAAUACUGUAUCCAUUCAAGGGAAUUCACUCUGAGAACUGUUGCCCGGGAAAGUCGUGCCAUUGACAAGAGAUUGCUCCCUUUCUAAUGACCUUCAAAUUAUGGCUUUUGAAAUGUACAUAUUUAAGAGAGACUGGAAAUGCACAGUUGCUCAGUUAAAUCCCAAGGGGAAAAAGUUGUGAUUAGUAUUUCUUAUCUGUAAAAUAAUUUUUUUCUUUUAACUGUAAAGUUUUUUUUAAAGGCUAAAUACAUAAUUUUAGGCUGGAGGUGCUGCAGUUAUAUAGUUGAUAUUUAGUACAUCUACAAUCUGUUUACUAGACAAAUGCCAAUUUGGUAUUUUUGCAGCUUGUUUAAUUUGUACAAGAAAGUGGCUUUGAUUUUUGUUUGUAAGGGGUGCAUUACAGUACUACUCCAUUUUUGCUUUAAGUGUUACAGAGUAUAGCCUGUGUAUGAAAUUAAAGCUGAACCUGCUCAGUA